GCCUCCAUUGGACGCCGAUUAUGGGAUCGAUAUCCGAGCCUUUUCUUUUGCAUUCAUAUGCUGUGCCUACUACGGCUGGUCCAUCGACCUGCAAAUGGCUGCCACAAGUCCAAGCGCAUGCAAGAUGGGGAGAUGUUGCGGAGAUCACCGUUACGGUUCAAGGAGACGGUAUACAUUCAUACGAUCGAUCAUCUCUGCAUCCUGUCUCAUCCUAUACUCUUGGUCCAUCAACCUACUUCCAUUCGGCCGCAGCAAGUCGAGCAGGAAAGGGCGGGAAGCGGUCGACAUACGUCUCUGUGGCAUCAGGAUCUGAUGUAGCAGAGGGACAAAAGACAGCUUGGGUUUGGCCAGAAGGCAGCGAGGAUACUGCUUCAAAACAGAGCGUCGAGCUCCUUCAUCAUGCAAAAGAAUUCCUCUUCGCAACAUCUCUUCCCUCCCAAAUUGUCAUCGCCUCCCCGGAUGGUCAACUCACGCUUGCUUCGUCCACCCUAGAGCGUAUACGAAAUUUAGCCCCGCCAUUUAGCAUAACGGGAAUCAGCUGGAACUUCAUCUUCCCAAAAGGACCUCACACUGUUGGCACAACACCAGAAAAUACACAUGACGCUGUGAUAUUAACUUUCUUUGGCAACGAGGCUGGGAAGUUUGGGGUGCGGGUAGUACGGAUUAUCAGCGAUGAGCUCACUGAUGUUGGUUGGGAAAAACUAGACGAGGUGAAGGCGACCGAUGUCAUGAGCGUAUGUUGUGAGGCUGGCGGAAAUGCAUGCAUACUAUUAAUAUCAGGCGAAAUCCUCUCCUUCCAAAUAUCGGCCACAUCCUCAGUUUCUUGCAUAUCGCCCCCAUCUCCAAUCAAGAUAUCCUUCCCAAAAUCAACGUCGGACAUGCCCCAAGCAUCACUUUUGCAUGUCGCGUCCUCUCACAUCCUCGUGGCAAGUACACCCGCAGCAUCAAGACAGGUCGAAAUCGAGCUCUGGGACAAGCGCUACGGCGUGCAACUGGCAUCGUAUUCCAUGCCUGUGCCCACAAGCACGCCGGAGAAGUUUGCUGUCUACCUGUCGCAAGCCGCAAGUGGGCAAGCACUGCUCACUCUCACAUGUCCGAUCGGAGGAAAGAAGAGCGACAACAAAGCUCGUUCGUCGGUGUUUAUCGUCCCCUACACGGUACCCCACGUCUCAACAUUACUUAACGCGCUGGGCCGCAUGCAAAUAUCCGAUACUCAAGCAGCGGAAGUGAAUGCAGCCUUGUCGGAGACGCAACGUGGACUGAUCAAGAGCGUCGGCGAGGCGCUUCGGAAUGGUGCCUCCGAUACAGCACAGAAGGCGUUCUUUGACUGGAUCAACCUCCAAACACAGGCGACUACAAAUGGCAACCAUGUUCAGAUACAGCCAGAGGAUGAUUCAGAAGAAGAGGGCGUGAACGGGCUCGUGGACGAAGAUUCUGACGAGGAGGCCACGCUCACCAAUGGGCGAGAAGUGAACGGUACCGCCCACCGUCCGACAGCGACCGCGAGUCUGAAGAAGAAAGCGCUGGUGCAUCUCCCUACUGCGCUCGUAGAGCAGCUGGUUGACGCGCUCCUCAUACCGCCGAAACCGAGCACGGACGCACACUCUUCCAUCCUGCGGUUCCUCAUGCGUCGGGGGCUCGUUUCAUAUAGCAUGGUACGGGGUGAGCAAUCGCUGGUCGACAUCCUCCUAGACAGGGGCGAUUGGGCGAGUGUCGUCGUGGCGCUUCAAGGGGUGGUUGACCUGCCCGAAUCAGCGAUCGUCCAAGUGCUCCUUACUGGUCUCAAAGGCGAUUCCAAGGCGAUUCCAUUACCUAAUGUACUCACCGCAGUUCUCGCAGCGCCAGUAACGAGGCCAGCUCUGCGCCUGGCACUCCGGGAGCAGCUAAGGGAUAUGAACCACGUUUGCCGCCUGUUGGAAGUGCUUCAGGGGUGGUUGGAGCAGAGCGGUCUGAGGGGACUGGAGCUGGACAGAGAGGCAGGGUUUGUGGAUGUGGAUUUCCGCCCUAGGCCACGGAUCGAUUCCAUCCUAUCCUUCGCAGAGACCCUGCUUGAUACCUACUACAUCUCCCUCCUGCAGCACCCCCCCGCUCAGCCGAUCUUACGUUCCUUCUCGACCCUACUCGAACCGCAGCUCUCACUCGCUCUCGAGCUGGAACGCCUCCGCGGUCCGCUCGAAGUGUUCGCCAAGCGCAAGCGGGCGCAGGGCAAGUCAGGCAUGCCUCAGAAAUCUGUGUCUCGAUUCGAAGAAGGGCGGAGGAGGAAGAAAGCCCAGGAGGAGGCAGACAUGCAGGUUGGGCUGUACAGGGUUGAGGAAGUGUUCUUCUAG